AUGCUCACUUCGUUAAUACGCCAUGAUUUGGUUCGACAACUGCGGUGCAUUCAUUCGACUGUUCCAUGCCUUUGGCAAACUUUCGAGAAUGAACGUCAUUACGAGCCGGGAGAGGAUUAUAUGAAACGUACAUGGCACGGGCUCACCUAUGAUUUUCGACGAUGGAAGCGUCGCUAUCAGGAGGCACGAAGAGAUGCGUUCAAACGUCGGAAUCCCAUUGCUCAUAUGAAACAAUCGGUACUCGAUAACGAACUGUUUCCUUAUCGAGCAGAGAUACUUAUAAUCGGUGGAGGAUUAGCAGGCUCAUCUACAGCUUACUGGCUCAAGGAGCGCUUCCGAGAUGAAGACUUCAAAGUCGUCGUGAUUGAAAAUAACGACAAGUUUACUCAGAGCUCCACAAUGCUUUCAACUGGAGGCAUUUCUCAACAGUUUUCCAUUCCUGAACAUGUCGAAAUGUCUCUUUUCACAGCUGAAUUUCUUCGUCAUGCUGGAGAACAUCUCCGCAUCCUGGAUAAUGCUCCGCCUGAUAUAAACUUGCUGCCGAAUGGAUACCUACAUUUGGCUCAAAAUGAAGAGCAAGCCGAGGAAAUGAGGAAAAGUUGGAAAACUCAGCUUGAUAAAGGAGCAUGUGUAGCACUUCUAUCGAAGGACCAGUUGAAAGAUCGGUUCCCAUUCAUGGACUUCGAAGAUGUUGUCCUUGGCACCUUAGGUUUGGAGAACGAGGGCACCUUUGAUACCUGGCAGCUGUUGUCGGCGAUUCGGGAAAAGAACAUUACUCUCGGUGUGCAGUAUAUCAAGGGUGAGGUCGAGGGUUUUCAAUUUGGACUAAAUGUAGGGAGGGCGGAACCUCACGCAAUGGAAGACCACGAGGUUGCAGAUCAGGAAAAAUUACGAGCUCAGAGAAUUACGGGAGUACUGGUCCGUCCACAAAUGUCUGAUACGUCAGCCCGACCGAUACGGACUCACAUGAUAGUAAACGCUGCUGGUCCAUGGGCAGGAAAGAUUGCGGAAUUGGCUGGCAUAGGGAAAGGACAAGGAUUAUUGGCUGUUCCCGUCCCCGUGCGUCCUAGAAGGCGUACGAACUUUGUUAUUCAUGCGCCUGACGUUCCAGUGGAUAUGCCAUCUCUUGUUGAACCAUGUGGUGUUCACUGCCGUCAAAUUGAUGUCGGAAAUACCUUUGUUGUGGGAAGGAAUCCACCAGUGGAGGAAGAUCGGAGAGAUGAAAGUGAAUCCCUCGAGGUUGACUACAAUGAGUUUUAUGAGAAGAUUUGGCCAAUUCUGGUUAAGAGGACGCCUGGGUUCCAAUCAGCAAAGAUCAAGUCAGCUUGGUGUGGCUUCCAGGACGUGAACAUCUUCGACAGUGCCCCAGUAAUCGGCGAACAUCCUCUUUAUAAGAAUCUUAUAUGA